GCGACACAUGGUCAGCGGCUCUCACCAUUGCACAUGGCGGACGCUUAGUGAUAUUUUCUUCGUAAACGGAGGACAUUCAAGUGAUUUCCAGUCCUGUUUUUGUCCUAAACAGCAGGAAACAUGGCCGAAAACGUGCAACACAAUCUUGAAGGCAUGCUGCCUGAGUUAGAGGAGAUGGAGAGGCUUGGUAUCUUCACAAGAACUGAAAUAAGAUCUAUAAUCAGGAAGAGGACAGAUUUCGAGUAUCGACUCCAAAAGCGUAUAGUUCAGAAACAAGACUUCCUUCGCUAUAUGCAGUAUGAGAUCAAUUUGGACAUGCUAAGGAAGAAAAGAAAACUUAGGCUUGGGCUGAAAAAGAAGACAACUGGGUGCUUUGCUAUGACAAGAAGAUUAUCACUACUCUUCCAGAAAGCAUUAAAGAAAUUUGUGGGUGAUAAACAACUUUGGCUGCAGUACAUUGAAUUUUGCAAGCAUACAGGAAGUACAAGGACCCUGGGGAAAGUGUUUGGACAGCUUUUGCAAUACCACCCAAAUAAUCCAAACUUCUGGGUAAUGGCUGCAAAGUGGGAGUUUGAGGAAGGCAAGAAUAUCCCUGCAUCAAGAGCUUUGUUGCAACGAGGAAUUCGAAUGAAUCCUGAAUCAAAGCUUCUUUGGUUAGAGUACUUCAGGAUGGAGCUAUUACAUGUUGAUAAGGUUUUAAAGAGAAGAAAAGUUCUUGGUCUAGCUAAAGCUGAUCAGAGCGAGGAAGAGCAAGUUUCAGAUGAAUUCCUGGCUGGAAGAGUGGCAGAGAUUGUUUACCAAAAAGCAAUAGAGAGUAUUCCAGAUGAUGUAAAUUUUAGAAUAUCAUUUCUGAAAAUUUACAAGCUUUUUGAAAACACUGCACAGUCACAAGAAAAAGUGUAUGAAAGCUUACAGAGAGACUUUCCUGACUCUGAGGAGAGCUGGGAUGUUCUUGCGCGUCGCUAUGUUGAGGACCUUCAUGCCAAGGCAACACAAUUGGCAAACAAUGUCACAGAUCAACAAUGGAUAGAGGCAGAAGAAGCAAAGAACAAAGUUUACGAGGAAGCUGUACAAGUCAUUCCAACGGAGAAAAUGUGGGAUCUGUAUGUGACAGGAAGUAUGGAAGACAUUGAAAACUGUGCUCCUUCAAAGGCUGACCAAAUUGUUUCCAGAACAAUCGAGAUCUGCAAAAAAGCGGAGAAAAAUCAUUUGUUGUCAGAGAAGGCGGCCAUGACUUGGUCCUCUCUGAACCUCAUGACAGGGGACCUGGCGCAGGCGCUUGCUGUCUGUAAAAACGCUGUCAAGUGUCACCCACAGUCUGUCACCCUGUGGGUGGAGUACUUGCGUCUCAUGGUGUUGCAUGGUGACUCGCAAGCAAACUUGGAAAAAGACAUCUGGAAAGCUCUAGACUCUGUCCCUCCUGGUGCCUCACUCCCCCUCUGGCAGCUCUUUGUGGACUGGGCCCUACUGUGUGAACAUGAUGAUAUUGAGACAGUUUUUGAGAAAUCUUUAUCUUCGGCGAAAGAGGUAGCUCUUUUCAUGAAACAGCGUUAUCUUGAGUGGACUGCUGUUACUAAGGGAAUCAGACAAGCAAGAAAACUUUACAAAAGAGUGUGUUCUUCUGAACCUGUGGACCAGAGCUUGCUUAAAUUCUGCAUCAAGCUCGAGGAAUCCCAGUGCACGCCAAGCAUAAAACACAUCAGAGCGCUGCUUGACAAUAUCAUCGACAAGUUUGGCUCAACAGACCCAGAUUGCUGGCUGGACUACAUCAAACUUGAGCUGACGCAUCCCAGCGGUCUACCCGAAAACGCAGCAAAACUACACUGGCGGGCCAUGAAGAAUUUGUGCGGUGAGAGGACGGGAGAAUUCGUCACUAAGUACACCCUGUUGCAGACAGGGAAUCCGGUCAGCUGAGAGUAUCUACCACAUGAUCGCCACGUGAUCUAAUAUUCACUAUUGUAUCUGGUUUAAAAUGCUUUCUUAUUAAAGGGUCUCAGCAUUUUGUCUACCACAAUACUAAGUGCGAGAUAGCAUCGUUUUCGGUCGGCUGCUGUGUUGAAGGUAUUGCGUUAUUUUUAUAGAACUUUGUAAGGGAAGUACAGACCCUUUAGACGGUUAUGAUAAGGUGAUAAUAUAAUUUGUUUUGCAAUAAAGAUGAAAAACGUUU